AUAGCAGGCGCCAGCACGAUAACAGAGCUGUUUACCGACAGACCAGCAGGCACCACGUGGGCUUUCGCGCCGAAACUUAGGGUGGUCUGCCUUUCAGCCCCCGCGCGGCCGCGGCGACGCUCCAAAUGAUCCCGACAACGUAUCGAAAUACAGGAGUGGGCCAACAGGUGCAGCGCGAGCGGAAGGCCGGUGCCGGAAGCACUGCUGAGUGGGCUCGCGCGGAGCUCCGGCCUUGGUCACAACUGAGCCCCGUCGACGCCUCAUCGCCCGCAGCUGCCGUCUACAAGAGCUGCAGCCACCAGGUCACAAAUGACACGGCUACUCAAGAAGGCGACAGCACAGUGACCAGCGCCCGUGCAGGAAACUCAAACAUUUCGGAAGCAACUCCCGACGGGACCCUGCGAGCUCGGCUGCUGCGGUCGCCACAGCUCGCGUUGUUGUGGCCGCCGUGCGUAGCUGCACACGAGGCGACCGCGACUGCUGCUGAUUCUGAGACGGAGCUCCUGGCGCUCGUGCUUCUGCCCUCGCCCGCACCGGCCUCCACUUCUGCAGCAGGAGCCAAAUCCUUAGCAACCGCGAGCGGCGCCGUCGCGGCGAUGGUGCCCGCCGGUGACGACAACAAUAGCGCAAGCAACAGCGACAGCAGCGGGCUUAGGCUCGCGCUCGGCGGCACACCCGCAGCCACAGGCGCAGCACCGGCCGCAGCACCGGCUAUUGCGAAGGCAUUCGCAGAGCCGCGCGGCAGCUGCGCCUGCGGCGACCAAGGCGCACGCUCGGCUGCAGCUUCGCCGCCGCACUCGCCUGCCCCGUCUGCAGUGCGACACAGCAGGGCGGUGCGGGAGGCGGCAGCUCCGCCCACCCCGCGGGGCGCAGCAGCAGCAGCACCAGCAGUAGCACCAGCAGUAGCGGCAGCAGCAGCACCAGCAGUAGCAGUAGCAGUAGCACCAGCAGUAGCACCAGCAGUAGCGGCAGGAGUGGCGACUGAGCCGGCAUCUGGGUCGGCGUCAAACGUCGUGGUGGUGGAUGCGGCGGGUGAGCAAGUGGGUCUGGGACGCGACGUGGACACGUGUGUGGGCUUGUUGGGCGGCGGCGGCAGCAGCGGCGGCGGCGGCCUGGUGUGCUACUGGUCCGCAUCAAGCAGCUUUGAAGGCGAGCCCAUCCACAGCGGCCCCUGCAACGGCAGUAGCAGCCUUGGCGGCAGCGGCGGCGCCGGCACAGCUGCAGCAGCCGCAGGCGGCUCAAUGCCGGCGGGUGGCUGCUCCGCUACCCCCAGCGUCAGUCUACUGCCGUCGCCGUUGCCGUCGGCGGCGCCGCCGAGCGGGAGCAGUUGCACCGGCAGUAGCGUCAGCAGCACCUUCGGUGGCGGCGGUGGCGUUGUCAAAGCCUGCGGCCGCAGCGGCAGUAGCAGCUACAGCGGCGCGGGCAGCGCUACCAAAGCCUCCCCGUUCCGCGCUGCUGCAGCCGCAAGGGCCGCUGUUGACGUAUCGCCAAGGUCACCUUAUGGUGGAGCAGGUGGCGGCGACGGCGGCGGCGGCGGCAGUAGCAGCGAGUGGAGCACCGCGGAGACCGGCUUUCUGCCUGAGGCGUUCUGGGUCUCGUGCAGCGAUGCGCCCGCCGCCGCCGGUGGGGCUGGUGAUGGCAGCGGCCGUGCUACAGCCAGCGGGGACGGGCUGGCUCCGAUACCGCGGCAGUUGCAGCAACAGCUGCAGUCCCGGGAGACGCAGGACUGGGACCGGGCCAGUGCCGAUGCCGCGGCGCGCGACGCAGGUGGCAGCGGCAGCGGCAGUAGGGGUGCGGGCACCAGCGGGCCCAUCACGAUCAAGGCGCGGCGGGUCCUGGCUGCUACUGCCGCCGACGCCAUCGCUGAAUCCGCCCGGAGCGCGCCGCGGCUCAGCAGCACCGAGCCGCUACAGCCGCUGGCAGCGGCGCUGGCGGCGGCGGCGGCGGCCGGCGAGGAAUACCUCCGUUCGCCCCACCCGUGCACGUCCCCACCGUCAAGCCCGUUCCUGACCGGUGGCGGCGCGGCCGGCGCUGCGGCCGUGGCCCACGGCCAGGAUAAUCGCAAGGCAGCGGCGGCGGCGGCGGCGGCACAUGAUAGACUGCUGCAGGCGGCGCCGCCGCCGGCCUUCUGCAGCUGCCUGCCUGCGCUGCAGCCGUCCGGGGGCUGGUGGCCGCCGUCCAUCGGCACCCGGCCAGCUGCCGCUCCCAACCCAGCCGCCGCCGCCGCCGCCGCCGCCGCGCCCGCCGCUGUCGUACAAGUGCGGCGUCAAGCCGCAGUGGAGGACGGGGGCUCCGGCGCCGGCGGGCCGCGGAGUGCGGCGCCGCCGCCGCUGGGGGGUGAGGUGGGGGAGGUGGGGGAGGCGCAGCAGGUGGGACUCGCCGCGCCGCUGCAGCUUGUGCGGCUGCGGCUUGGGCGGUCCGCCACGCCUACUGCAGCCGCAGGCGGCGGCGACGACGUCGGGAUGGGGCAGGAGCAGCAGGAGCAGGACGAGGAGGAGGAGGUGUGCGCGAUGCUGCUACGGCUCCAGCUGCCAGACCUGCCCGCCGCCCCCGCCGCCCGCGCGCUGCGGCUGAGCAUCCGCCUGGACCCCGGCCCCGACACCUGCAACACCAGCCACGAACCGCAGUCGUCAGAGCUGGCGGUGCAGCUGUCUGCGCCGCUGCUGGUACUGCCGCCGGCCGCUGCCGCGCAGGUGGCGGGGCUGUGCGCCAGCAUGACACGCAAGGCCACCGCCGUGGCUGCUGCUGCGGCUGCUGCUGCCAGUGGCGACGCGGGCGAACAGCAGGCUGAGGCUGUAGCAGCCUUGGUGGCUGGGGCCUUGGCGGCUGAGGCCGUGCGGGGCAGCAGCAGCAGCAACAACGGCAGUAGCAGCAACAACGGCAGUAGCAGCAGCCUGUGGACUGCGGCAGCGGCAUCCGAGCCGGUGGCGUGCCCGCCGCCAAACGCUUUCCAGGCGACUCCGCUGCUGCUACAGCCGGCGUCACCGACUUCACCGGUGGUGCGUCGCCGCCCGUCGGUGCGCGGCGGGGCUUUCGCGCCCUGGAGCUCUCCGCCGCCGGCGGCCCCUGCCACGCCACAGCAAACCCGCCGCCUGCAACCGCAGCAGCAGGCAAAGACGCCGCCCCGCACUGCGCUGCCGGCGCAUGUGGCGCAGCUGCUGGCGCCGGCGGAGCGGACCGCAGCAGCAGGCGCAGCUCGUGCGGGUGCUGCUGCGGCCAGCAGCUGCAUGGUGCCCGCCGGCGCGGCGGCCGCUGCCGGCGCCCCGCCUGUGCUGUCAGCUGGCGCGGCCGCUGCAGCGGCGCGCGUGUGGGGUCCCUACCCUACGCCCCUGCCUGAGGACGUGGCGGCGGCGGCGGCGGAUGCGGCGGCGGUGGCGGCACAGCCUUGCGGCGCCGUGCCGCUGCCGCCCAGCGCGACCCAGCAGCAGGGCGACCCGCCUCCGCCGCCAUCCUCUGCCGCCACCUGGCCUGACACAUGCCCCAUCGGAAGCACUACGGGUGUUGAACUAGCUGCCGAUGCCGAUGCUGGCGCAUCCGCACUCCUGCCGCCUUGGCUGCCGGCCUCACCAGCAGCUCGGCCGCCGCCGGUGCCCCGGGCACGGCCCUCCCUAGGAGCCCGCCGCCCGCCGCUCAGCGAUGCCUGUGCCUUCCAUCCUGCCGGCGGCGCGUGUGAUUACGGAGCUGCUGUAGGUAGCGGCAGCCGGAGCGGCAGCCGGAGCGGCAGCAGCUACAACAACAGCGGCGCCGCUGACCGCUUCGGGGCUACCGCUGCGCCGCCGCAGCGGCCGCGGGGGGCGCGGCGGUGCUCCACGCUACAGCCGUUGAGCCGGCCGGCCACACUGCUGGCGGUGGUGACGGAGGGCGUGCCGCUGGACCCGGCGGAGGCUGCUGCAGCCGAGGAGCUGGGCGGCGGCGGUGCUACAGCCGCCGCCGGCCCGGACGUUUGCUCACCGGCUUCGUGGGGCUCGUCGGGCUUGCUGCGGCAGGGAGAGGUAGCGCCGUCGGCGACGGCUGCCGCUGCUGGUCCAGCCGCCGGUGGGGAGGCCGCCGUUAAUGGGGCCGUUAGCGCUGCUGGCAACAGGCGCGGCGGGUUUGUGCGCCAGUGGACCGGAGACCUCGGCGGCGGCAGCCUCAGGAGCCGACGCGGUAGCGAUGGCACAGUCACAGGCGGCGGAGCCGCCAGCGGCGGCGGCAAUGACGGCGGCUGCGGCGGCGGCUGGGCUGCGUGGGAGGAGGCGGCGCGGCUGGACGGCCUCGACCCGCGCAUUGCGGCGCCGCCGCUGCCGGCUGCACGCCAGCUGGUGCGCUCCUUCAGCGCCGCCAUGCUGCUCGACCCGGGCCUGCUGGGGCUGGGGCUGCAGCAGCAGCUGCAGCAGCAGCUGCAGCUACAGCCGCCUGCCGCGCCCAAGUCUGUCUUGGUGGGUUUGGCACUGGCGACGCCAGAUGCGAGCAGCAGUGCUGCGACUGAUCCGGCAAUGGCGGCGGUGGCCACGCCGGCGGCCUCAGUGGCCAGGAUGCUGCCGGCGACGUCGGCACCGCCGCUGGCCGCCGCAGCCCUUCCGCCGCUUCUCAUGCCGCAGUCGCGAGGCCAAGGCAGCAAGAGCAGGGGUGCCAGCAACAGCAGCGGCAACAGCAGCGGCAACAGCAACGCUGCCAGCAUUCAUGGCCGCAGCCCUAGCGACAUGGGUGUGGACGCUGCCAUGGUGUCACCGGCUCCACCUCCACCUCCACUGCCGCCGCCGCCGCCACCUAGCCGUCAGCUGGGGGAUGAGCUAUUGGCGCUGAUGCUGCAACAGCAACAGCAACAGCACCAGUGCACCACGCCUGCUGCUCCUGGAGCCCGAGGCAGUGGCGGCACCGGCAACUUGCUGCUGCAGCCGCCAGUGCCGCCGCCGGCGCCCCGGCGCGCACCGCUACUGCCAGCGCCGUGUGCGGUCUCCUGGGCACCGCCGCCUGCGCCGGGGCCGUGGCCACCGACAGCCGUGGGCGAUGUCGCUGGUGCUUGCGGCGACACCUGGGCGAUGCCGCCGCUUCCACCGGUGCUGCCGCCUUUGGGUGCCUACCUUCACCAGCGGAGCGCGGUGGGAGACGGUAGCAUCGUGGCUUCCGGCACUGGGGAUCGCAACCGUAGUGACGCCCACCGCCGCCGGAAUGUGAAGGAGCUGCUCACGGCCUGGUAACGGGAGCGAGCGAGACCGCUCGCGGGCAGGGCUGUAAACGGCAGGAGAUGGGAGAUGGGUGGGCACAUCGCUGACGGGAAGGGGGGCGCGAACGCGUGUUACUAGAGAUGCUGGAUUGCUGGAUUCCAGAUUAUCAGAAAGAAUGCAUUGUGGCAGGCAAGCAGGAGGUACGUGACGUAUAGCGGCGCGCUAACAGAUAGACGAGGCUAGGGGCGGGUGUGCCCAGGCGGACACACGAGCACAUGCACGGCGCCACUUCCGCAAGCAUGGCAAUAACGACUGGUCUUCCAUAAAGUAUUAUCGCAGUAUGACUGCAGCUUUGUGAAGGUUAUGUGCGUGAAAGGCAUAGCGGAGGACGGACAGUCCACCGUGCUGGUUUGCAAGGAGCGGUGGAAGAGCGUGGAGGAGAGCCCGCGCAGGCGCCCGUGUGCGUGGCGCAACAGACUAAUUGCAGGUCGGACCGAGCGUGCGGUGGGCAGCAGCAGGCUAUGAAGUGGGUCGCAGGCAGGGGAUUCCGGAGCCUGGAGAGGGCAGGGGAGUGGCGGAGCGCGUGACAAGCGGGGUGGCGGUAUUUGCCGAUGGGUGGGGUGCGGCACCAAGCGGUGGACUAAGGCGGCCGGCAGUCGAGGGACGGAUGACAGGCACAACGUGCAGCAGGUUGUGUGUGAAUAACAACGAUGCAGCAGGAUGUGUUGUGUGCGACUCAUAUUUGUACCGCAGCCGCCAUGCAGGGGUGGAGCCGCACAUAGGUUGUGCGCCUGUGGACUUCAAUUAUGACAUUGCUUCCUCUGAACACAUGUGUACUGGUACGUACGUACUUGCACCGCAGCAGCAUGCACGCAGGAGGGUUUGUAUGGUUGAUGGCUCGUGCGUGCUUCGGAAGUGGUUGUGUGUGCAUAUGGAUGGCUUGCAUAUUGGCUCCAUUGUGUGCAGCAUCAAUCGCACUUCGUAGGUACUCUCGUAGCUUUGAAUGCAUGCACGCAUUUAGCUCACCACGUAUGGCAGCACAAGCUCUCACGCAAGCAGGAUGUGCGAUUACUUGCACCGCAGCACAUGCACGUAGGAGGGACUGGUUUCUAUGGUUGAUGGCUUGUGCGUGCUUAGGAAGUGGUUGUGUGUGCAUAGUGGAUGGCUUGCACAUUGGCUCUCUUGUGUGCAGCAUCAAUCGCACUUCGUAGGUACUCUCGUAGCUUUGAAUGCAUGCACGCAUUUUAGCUCACCACGUAUGGCAGCACAAGCUCUCACGCAAGCAGGAUGUGCGAUAGGGCACACAUGUGUGCAGGACCGCAGUGCUCACCGCGGCGCCUUGAGCGUCUGUUGGAAUAAAGUAAUGAGUAGUAGUGGAUAGGCAGUUGGUGCUUCAUCGUGCGUUAACGGCUGAUGUGUGCAGGACCGCAGUGCUCACCGCACCGCGGCGCCUUGAGUGUCGUCUGUUGGAAUAAAGGAAUGAGUAGAGGUGGUAGGCAGUUGGGGCUUCAUCGUGCAUCAACGGCUGUAGGGUAAUGCCAAUGCAUGGAAUAAGGAGGUAGCAAACGAAGCAGGCGGGUCAGCAAAAAGCGUGCGUGCGGCUGCGGGCGAUUGCAGCCCUGCCUGCAGGGUGCAAUUAAAGGUGGUGGGUGGCCAGGCGACGCUGGGUAGGUGGGGAAGAGGCCCGCGGGCGGUUGACAGAUACACACACGCACGUGCAACGUGUUGGCAUGUAUGGCGGUGUGUAAAUGCGCGUGGUGUGUGCUGUGGCGUGCGCAGGAAAGGGGCUUUGGCGGCGUGCAUUGAAAGCCUUGUCACCCCCGCUGGGCGAAAUACAAAGGAAAGAUUGGAGUGUGUGGGGCAUGUAAGCUGUAUGGGCUGUGGGACAGUGGGGAUGCGCACGUGUGCACAGAUGUGCCAGCGGGCAAGCUGGUACACGAGCUGGUACGGCCUUUCCAAUCAAGCAGCUCUUGCCUGCUCGCUAAUACGAGAGGCAAGUGGUGCAGAGACUGUAGUCUAACUCAAAAUCAAG